GACAGACACCUGUCUCUCCUACCUCUCUGAAACCCAAGAAUUCAAGAAGUGGAGCUCAAGCUCACACAAAUGGAGCUCAACUUCCAGCUGCAACCUCAGGUGUUCCAGCUGCAAGAGUACUGCUACUACUACGGCCAAGAAGCGGCGGCGCCGGCGAAGCCGACGAAGCCGAGGGGGAGGAAGAAGGGCAGCACUAGCCACAGCAAGUUCGUCGGCGUCCGGCAGCGGCCGUCGGGCCGGUGGGUGGCGGAGAUCAAGGACACGACGCAGAAGAUCCGCAUGUGGCUCGGCACCUUCGAGACCGCCGAGGCCGCCGCGCGCGCCUACGACGAGGCGGCCCGACUCCUCCGCGGCGCCGAGGCGCGCACCAACUUCGCGCCGCGCAUCUCGCCGGACUGCCCGCUCGCCGUCCGCAUCCGGGGCCUCCUCCACCACAAGAAGCUCAAGAAGGCAAGGUCCGCCGCGACCACUGCCAGCUCCGGCGCCGCCUCCAAGAAGAGGUCCACGACGGCGGCCACCCCGACCACCACAACCACAAGCAAUAGCAAUAGCAACAGUGCAGGUAGUGCUUGUGGUGGCUCAAGCAGCAGCAGCACGGACAGCUGCGACGGCGCGGCGAAGCAAGGCGGCGGAGCACCGGACGUCAGCGAGGUGUACCGGCGGGACUUCGGCCACACGGGCGCCGAGGAGCUCGACUCGUGGAUGUUCGACGCGGCGUUCGGCCAGUUCCCGGCUCUGGACAGCUUCGCCGCGGUGGACGCCGUCACGCCGCCACCGGCGGCGUCGCCGGAGGACUCGAACGCCGGCACGCCACCGGCCGAGAUGGCGGAGUUCGAGCGCAUAAAGGUCGAGCGGCGGAUCUCCGCGUCCCUGUACGCCAUGAACGGCCUGCAGGAGUACUUCGACAAGGUGUUCGACGCGUCCGCCUGCGACCCGCUCUGGGAUCUCUCGCCACUGUGCCAUUAGCGUCUGUGUGCGCGCGACUCACCGCCGGCGGCCGCCGUCGUUGUUCUUGCUCUUUUGCCUCCUGGAUCGGCUGUACCCCGUGCAUGCCCGUGUAAGCUCAAUUGGUUUUUUUUUGCUGCAUCCAGGCAGUGCAGUGAAAAGAGGAAGAUGAUUCUACUCGUUUAAAUUGCUUCUGAAUUUUCAUGUGAAAUUUUCUCUAGUUUUGCAUUGCAUUUCAUUUCAGGAUAGAGUAAAAUGCUUUAUUUUCAUGUCGUUUGCUGUGUGUAGAACAGAUGUAGAAUAGCUUAAGUGUUCAACUAUUGUGAUGGGAAUCUGAUGAGUAAAAAACGGCAAGCUCUAAUCUUUUUCCAUGGACGUGAAUGUUAUGUGCAAUAUGCUGAUAAUACUGUUGCAUCGCUAAAACAGAAAUUGUA